CCAACUCUGAUUGCAGUCUCUGAGAAUCUCCUCAAUUCGCUCUGACCUUUUUUUUUUGUGCAAAAUUUUGCGAAAUUAAAUUUGGAAGCUCUUCCUCUUCUAGGCUGUGAAAAGGAGUCGAUCAAAUGAGUGCGAUUGCGUCGCGGUUGAUCCAUUCAAGAUCCUCACUCUCCAGUCUCUGUAAAAUGGGUGCAUUGGGGCAUGAGAGAUACCUGUCAUCUGAUUCCAACAAGUUUGACGAACCAUUCAAAGUCAAUGAACCAAAAGUGGAGGAAGCAGAGACAGUACAUGUGCCGCCUCCUCUAACGGAAAAGUUACUUGUGUUGGGUGGAAAUGGAUUUGUUGGAUCCCAUGUUUGCAGAGAAGCUUUAGAUCGUGGUCUGUCUGUUGCUAGCCUUAGCAGGUCGGGUAGAUCAUCUUUACAUGAUCCGUGGGCUAAUAGUGUGACUUGGUAUCAAGGAAACCUUCUUUCACCUGAUUCAUUGAAGGAAGCACUGAAUGGGGUGACUGCUGUGAUCUCGUGUGUUGGAGGUUUUGGCUCCCAGUCUUACAUGUAUAAGAUUAAUGGAACUGCAAAUAUCAAUGCAAUCAGAGCUGCUUCAGAGCAAGGUGUAAAAAGAUUUGUUUAUAUCUCUGCUACUGACUUUGGCUUGGCCAAUUACUUGCUGCAAGGAUAUUAUGAGGGAAAGAAAGCUGCUGAGACGGAGGUACUGACCAAAUUCCCUUAUGGAGGAGUGAUUCUCAGGCCUGGGUUUAUUUAUGGGACUCGCAGUGUUGGGAGUGUGAAAAUACCGCUCGGUGUUAUUGGAUCCCCCAUGGAGAUGGUGCUCCAACAUGCGAAACCACUUGCCCAGCUUCCUCUUGUUGGGCCUCUAUUUACUCCUCCUGUCAAUGUUACCGCAGUAGCAAAGGUAGCCGUGAGAGCAGCAACUGAUCCUGUUUUUCCACCCGGCAUCAUAAAUGUUGAUGGCAUAUUGCGUUACAGCCAGCAAAAGUCGAAAUAGAUUCUGUUGAGGCCUGACUUUUAUUCUGUUAUUUUUGUCCAUCAGUAUAGAGCUUGCCAAAACCUCAAAAUCAAGCACUCCAAAUCUUUUUGUUGAUCGUAAAUCCUAAUAAAGUAAGUGUCUGUUGUUGAACUUUAAAUUUCACCUCCAGGAAGGCAGCUGGUAAUAAGGUCAGUUCAUAUCUUCCGUGGAAAGAAAUUGGCAGGUUUUUCUUU